CUUUGGAAUACAAAGGACUCAUCAACCCAAGUGAGCAUAAUUCCCUUAACAACCUAGUAGUUCAGAUCAUUCCUCUUCACCUGCACCUAGUCCCUUUGAUUAAACAGAAACCUUAUUAAUCAUCAAUCAUGCAGGCCUCACUUCUUCACGAGCUAGUUGUUGGAACUCCAGUCAUCUCAGCAACAUAUGAUCAGCUUCAAAAGUCAGUUAAUAGAUACUUACCUGGUCCUGCCACUCAAUGCCAAUAUUCAACCACAACAUCAAAGCAAGUUAGACUGAGGACAAAUAUAUCCGAAACUGUUAAGAGAAAGUUAAGUUUAGGGGCUCGCAUUCUUCGAGUUGGUGGAGUAGAAAAAGUGUUUAAACAGUUUUUUAGCAUUGAAGAAGGAGAGAGGCUGUUGAAAGUUUCACAGUGUUAUCUGUCCACAACAUCCGGUCCUCUAGCAGGUUUCCUCUUCAUCUCCACUGACAAGGUUGCCUUCUGCAGUGAGAGAUCAAUGAAAGUCUUUACUCAGAAAGGCCAUAUGUUGAGGAUUCGAUAUAAGGUUGUUAUUCCAUUGAAGAAGAUCAAGUGUGUGAACCAAAGUAAAAAUGUCCAGGAGCCAACACAGAAAUACAUAGAGAUAGUAACAGUUGACAAUUUUGAUUUCUGGUUUAUGGGAGUCUUAAAAUAUCAGAAAACUUUCAAAUAUCUUGAGCAGGCAGUUUCUCAAGCUUAGUUUAGUAGCAAAAUCCACCAUUUGAAACUCGAAGAUUCAUGUUGUCAUGACAAACAACAGAUGCAAAAGAGGAUCAGAAACAAACUAAAGUUUGGCAGCUGUUAUUGAAGAUCUUGAGAAUUGUCUUUGUUAUAAAGAGAUUUCACUUCAGUGUAUAUAUCCAUCCUGCUGGACUUGACAUUUGAACACUGAUAGCAAAUGAAUAUGGUUCUUAUAAGCUGAGUUGCAUACUAGGCUGCCAGCAUAUCAAGUUGUGAAUACAUAAGUUAACCAUUUGUUAUUGAAUCCAAGCUGUAUGUAUUCUGUGUCUGACUAGCUGGCAGUGCUAUGGAUCAGACUGCUUUUGUGGAAGGUAUUCAUCCACCCAGGCAUGUUAGAAGGGAGAUUAUAGUGGACGAUGAAAAAAUACAUAGAAAAAGAGGGAACAAAACUUUUGGCUGCUCAAUUGUACAUGUUCCAGGCUUUCGGAUUUCUUAUGUAAAUGUUUUCAGAACAAGUUUGUAAUUCAGCUUGUAUUCAUACCAUUGAGCUUUUUAGCAAAAGAUUGUGUAUAAUUACUGAA